AAAAAAAAAAAAAAAUAAUAAAGAAAAGAAAAUGGAAAAUAAAUCUGCCUAAUCUCUCUUAACCACCCACCGGAUGUCCCGGUAAUAUUCAGAGAUUCGGAUUCUGUUCUUUCACGCACACUCACAAAACACUUGACAGUAACAACCUUCUGUUUCACAGAUCUCUCACAGUACACUUUGACACUUUGACACUUGACUCCUCCUCCUCCUCCUCCUCCUCCUCUUCGUCAUGGCUUCCACCGCCGGCGAUGUUCUUCGGAAUAAUCUCUCGAUUCUUUCUCCUGAUCAGGUUGAGUUGGCGAAUAUGUUGAUAGAGAUGGAACAAAGUCAUCUGUUUGAACAUUGGCCCGAGCCAGGCAUUGACGAUGAUGAGAAGCGGGCGUUUUUUGAUCAGAUUCAGAAACUUAACUCAAGUUAUCCUGGGGGCCUGGCAGCCUACAUAAAAACUGCCAGAGAACUUCUUGCUGAUUCAAAGUCCGGGAAGAACCCAUUCGAAGGAUUUACUCCUUCUGUACCGUCUGGCGAAGUUUUGACUUUUGCGGAUGAUAACUUUCUCCAAUAUGAGGCGGCCGGUGUUAGGGAAGCACGGAAAGCUGCCUUUGUCCUCGUUGCUGGGGGGCUUGGGGAACGUCUUGGAUAUAAUGGAAUAAAGGUGGCUCUCCCUUCAGAGUCCAUUACUAGAACAUGUUUCUUACAGCACUAUAUUGAAUCAAUCUUGGCUUUGCAAGACGCUAGCUGUAGACUAGUCGAAGGUGAAUGUCAUGCUGAGAUUCCUCUAGUUAUAAUGACUUCUGAUGAUACACAUUCAAGGACAGUAGAUCUUUUAGAAUCCAAUUCUUAUUUUGGAAUGAAGCCAACACAAGUCAAGCUACUAAAGCAGGAAAAAGUUGCUUGUUUGAUUGAUAAUGAUGCUCACCUCGCGCUGGAGCCAAAUAAUAAGUAUAGGAUACAGACGAAACCUCACGGCCAUGGUGAUGUUCAUUCACUUCUCUAUUCAAGUGGCGUUCUGAAAAACUGGCAUGAGGCUGGUUUGAGGUGGGUUCUGUUUUUCCAAGAUACAAAUGGUCUUCUUUUUAAGGCUAUUCCUGCCUCAUUGGGUGUCAGCACCACUAAGCAGUACCAUGUUAAUUCUUUAGCUGUUCCUCGCAAAGCAAAAGAAGCUAUAGGAGGCAUUACAAGACUUACUCAUAAAGAUGGGAGGUCAAUGGUGAUAAAUGUGGAAUACAACCAGCUGGAUCCUUUGCUUCGAGCAACUGGGUAUCCCGACGGUGAUGUCAAUUCUGAGUCAGGCUAUUCUCCAUUUCCUGGAAAUAUAAAUCAAUUAAUUUUGGAAAUCGGUCCCUACAUGGAGGAGCUUACAAGAACUGGAGGUGCCAUUAAGGAGUUCGUCAAUCCUAAAUACAAAGAUUCCACUAAGACGGCUUUUAAGUCAUCAACUAGACUUGAGUGUAUGAUGCAAGAUUAUCCUAAAACACUGCCUCCUUCAGCGAGGGUUGGGUUUACGGUUAUGGAUGCAUGGCUUGCUUAUGCCCCUGUAAAGAACAAUCCUGAGGAUGCUGCAAAGGUGCCUAAAGGAAAUCCAUACCACAGUGCUACUUCGGGAGAAAUGGCCAUAUAUCGGGCAAAUAGCCUUAUUCUAAGAAAGGUACAUUCUCCUGUUCUGGAAUUUAUUGUUUGAUUGCUGGAUCAUAUUGCAUGUUUCAAUAUUUAGAAAUUUUUGUUACAUUGCAAAGGUGAGAUGGUCCCUGUUGGGGCUGGGGUUUGUUCUUUUAGGAGAAUGAUUGUUGUGAGUCAACUAAUGAAGUAUAGAGAAUGUUAUCAGCGUUAAUCUAAAUUUUAUGUUAGAACCGGUUUCCUUUCUAGUCGCAGUACUGCUAAAUGGUGAUUGGCAAGCUAGUUAACAAUAUCAUGUCGUGAGCUCAUUCUCUGAAGUGUCGGAAAAUUGCAUAUCAGUCCUUUCCAUAUAAUGCCAAAGCUCCUUAUUACUAUGAAUAUAUCUUCUGCCUAUCUUCAUAUACUUCUCCAAUGCUAAAAAAUCACAUUAAAGCCUCCGUAUUAUUUAGAGCUCAUCCUACAAACCGUCAAUCAUCUAUGUGCUUUCAAUAUCUAUAAAACGAUGCAUGAGCCCCUUAUUCUUGUAAAAUGUCUUGUGUCAAGUUCAUAUACGUCUAUCACAAUAUUAAAAGAACGAUAUUGUAGUACUGCUGUUGAGAGAAGUCAGUUAUUAGGUGAACCGUCUUUGUGCCUACCAUGGUCGAAACUCGGUUGUUUCUAUUCUUGUACAGGCUGGGUUUAAUGUAGCUGAACCAGUUCUCCAAGUAUUCAACGAGCAAGAGGUGGAAGUAUGGCCUAGAAUAGUAUGGAAGCCAAAAUGGGCAAUUACUUUUGCUGAAGUAAAAAACAAAUUAAGUGGAAACUGUAGUAUCACACAGGGAUCUACGAUUGCUAUUAAGGGACGGGAUAUCUUCCUUGAAGAUCUUUCUCUGGACGGAACUCUUAUUGUCAAUGCUGUUGAUGGCGCCGAGGUAUGUUUUGACUAAAUUUGCAAACACAACAAAACAAUUUGACGAAACUGAAGUAUACAAUUGCAUUUGGUGCUCUAUGGACAGGUUAAGGUAGGUGGCCAUGUACAAAACAAGGGCUGGAUAAUUGAACAUGUAGAUUAUAAAGACACAUCGGAACCUGAAGAGGUUAGGAUCAGAGGCUUUAAGUAUAAUAAAGUUGAGCAGUUAGAGAACUCAUACGAUCAACCAGGAAAGUUUUCAUUGAAGGCCUAAGGUCAGUUGCCAACAACCAAUUCAUUUAUUCAUUCAGGCUAAUGUUAGUCGCUCAUUUCUCAAUUGAGUUGGUCAGAAAGAGAUGUGAAGAAUUUCCUUUGGCUGAGGAGUACUCUCAAUAAAGUUAGGCUCAGGAUCUUGUUUUAAGAUGCUAUAAUGAUUCUGCAAUUCACUCAUUUUGUAGUGAUAAUGUAAAGAUAGCGUGUCUCAAUCUUUUCAAAUUUUGUGAAAAUAAAGGUUUAGGAAUCGUGAAAUCUUGUUAAACACCCGCCCAAUUUGGCCAAAAAAAAAAAAAAAAAAAUAGCAAUCAAACAGCUACAAAAACUUGAGGGAAAAAAUGGAAAGAACAAAAAGGAAUUGUGCUUUAGGUUUGAAAUCUACACAUGCUUUAUUCUUUUUUUUUUUUGUUAUCAAGUUUUUUUGUGCCGGAAAUAGCUACUCCCUCUGUCCC